AAAUGUGGUUUUGGUCGUCGUCGUGGUGUGGUGUGUAAUUAAAACAAAUUUACUGUAAGUUAAUCGUGUUUCUGAAUAACAUUUAGUUUUGGUACUAAAUGUUCUGACAAGAUUUGAAAUGGAUACGAUUUUAAACAAAUUGAUCACUCCAGACACUAAUGUCCUUGCUGAGGGUACUAAUGACCUCCGAGAAGCAUUCAAGAGCCCUGAUGCAGUUCCUAGUUUGUGUUCUGUCAUUGGUUCAUCUCCCAACAUGCAGAUACGAAAGCUAGCUGCAGUAAUAUUGAGGAAAAAACUUGCAAAACACCGCUAUUGGCUGAAACUGCCAACAGAAACAAGGCAGUUUGUAAAGCAAGGGUUGAUGCAAUCAUUUAUAAACGACACAGAAAAACAAGUUAAAACGGCAAUCGGUCAGGUGAUUGGUGUUUUGGCAAAACACGAAUUCCCAGAAAAUGGUUGGCCAGAGUUGAUGCAAUUCCUUCAGCAGAAAACCCAAAGCGAGAAUAUCAACGAUAAAGAGCUCGGGUUUUUCCUUCUUUGCAUCUUGACGGACAUAGCAGCAGACCAGUUCCUAGCGCACGCUCACUCUUUCGCUACUCUGUUCGCCUCGACUCUUGGCAGCCUGCAGGACAUCGGGGGAAACCUGGCAUGGCUCACUGUGCUCUGCAUGACCAACUUUGUGCCGGCCAUCCAAGGAGACCAGCAUAUGGUGAACACCUACCACGCCUUGAUCCCUACAGUGAUGGCAGUAGUGCAGGGGAUGGCACCCAAGCGUUCCGACCACGCCAUCGAGGUGUUGUGCCUCAUCGACGAGUUGUGUGAUGAGGCAGUGGUCGUGUUGGUGCCUCAUCUCCGUCUCAUUAUUGAAACGUGCUUGCAACUUGCCCACAACCCUUCCUACGACAACGACUUGCAGAUAAAAGCCCUCAACAUCGUUGGCAUGUUGGUGCAGAGUAAGAAGAAGCAAAUUGUGAAGCUGAAAUUGGUUGAGCCAAUUUUAGAUGUGGUGUUUGCACUUAUGUGUAUCGCGACAGAAGAUGAAGAAGAGUACCCAGAUAUGGAGUCGAGCACUCCAACCACAGUUGCGAGUCAGACAUUAGAUCUGCUGGCUUUGCACCUGCCUCCUGAUAAGCUACUGCCCACACUGAUGCAGAAGUACAUUGAGCCAAGUGUGCAGCAUCAGAAUCCGUCAGUACGCAACGCUGCGUACAUGGCCAUGGCGCUGGUGUCGGAGGGCUGCUCGGAGUAUAUCAGGCAGAAGUACAUCAAGAUGUUCAUAGAUCAGGUGCUGAAAGGUCUACAAGACCCAGCGACUUCAGUACAGAAUGCAGCACUCUUCGCCGUGGGACAGUUCUCUGAGUUUCUGCAGCCAGACAUCAGUGUACAUGCCACGCAGCUUGUUCCCUUCCUGCUCGAACACCUUCAGGCCGUGUCCAAGAAAGGCGAAGAACCUUCUCAGAAGGUGGAGAAAAUGUUUUACGCAUUGGACACGUUUUGUGAGAAUCUAGACUCGGGCCUGCUGCAGUUUCUGCCGAUGUUGAUGACUUAUUUGAUCCCCCUGCUGUCUCCACCUCACCCUGUACAUUUGCGAGAGCUAGCCAUCUGCACUGUCGGGUCAUGUGCCAGUGCUGCCAAAGAAGGUAUGAUGCCUUACUUCCAGAGUGUGAUGGAAAGUCUGCGUAUAUAUCUGACGGAACUUCAGCCUCAAGAAACCAUGUGUUUGCAAGUCCAGUCUGUCGACACAUUGGGUACCUUGGCCAGAUCUAUUGGGUCAGAGAACUUCUUACCCAUGGCCAAAGAGAGUAUGGAGCUGGGGAUACAGCUGAUUAGCAAGACAGACGAUCCUGAUUUGCGUAAGUCUGUGUACGGACUGUUCGCCUCUGUAGCCUGCGUGCUGAGACAGGACAUGAACGUGUACCUGCCUACUGUCAUGGACGCUAUCGUGAAGUCGGUCAAGAGUGACAGCGGCAUGGUCAGUUUGCGGAGAGAUGAGAACAACCCGAACGUGGGACUGUUUGAGACCAUCAGUGACGGGGAGGAGUCCGAGGAAGACCUUGGCAACACUUCAGACGUCAGUACUGAUAAGGACGAAGAUGAUAAUGCUUUCACAGUAGAAAACUCGUACCUUGAAGAGAAGGAAGAGGCUAUUGUUGCAAUAAAGGAUCUAGCUCAAAAUUGCAUGGAAUCUUUUCUGCCGUACGUGGACACUUGCUUCCAGGAGAUAUUCACGUUGAUCAACUUCCCUCACGAUGAUGUACGAAGUGCAGCCCUCACCACCCUGGCUCAGCUGUGCAUCAACAUUCACAAGAUUGAAUCUCAAGAAGGUCGGCAAGGGUUGUUGAACGCUCUGAACAUGCUGGUGCCCAAGUGUGCAGAGAUUAUCAGAACAGACAGGGAGAGAGAAGUGGUCAUCGUAGCGCUGGAGGUCUACUCUGAGCUGCUCAAGGAAGUGGGAGCUCCGGUGCUGGAAGGUGAAGGACACACAGAUGCAAUAAUCAACUGUAUAAAGGAUGUACUGAACUCUAGGACGGAGUGCCAAGACGAGGGAGGUGAUGACACCGAGGAGGAGUCUGAAGGAGAUGAAGUGAUUGUAGAGAGCGCUGGAGAGAUCGUCCCUCUACUAGGCAAAGUGAUGGCGCCUCAAGAGUUCUCCCAACAUUACACACAAUUCAUUCCCAUGUUUUUCAACCUAACCAGGAAGCAAGCUUCAGACGCACAGAGAUCGUUUGGUGUUGGAAUGUUGGCGGACUGUAUGUCUGUUGCUGGUCCAUGCCUACAAACAUACGCUCAACAACUACUUACGCUGCUGCUCACUAUGACGAGAGACAAUAAUGCUGAAGUUAGAAACAACGCCAUUUUUGCUCUGGGCGAACUUGUAUACCACGGCCGAGACUGUGUUUUUCCCUUCUAUGGGGAGAUUUUGCAUACCUUGUCCACUGCAGUGGCCACAGAGACGAAUCCUGGUGCUCUUGACAACAUAUGUGGUGCCCUGGCGCGGCUGAUCAUCACCAACACGGACGCUAUCCCCCUGCAACAGGUGGUUCCUGUGUAUGUCCGCUACUUGCCACUAAGGGAGGACUUUGAAGAGAACAAGUGGAUCUACCAGAGUCUAGGACUGUUGUAUCAGCGCGGCUGUGAGCCUCUGCUGCAGAACCUGCCUGCCGUCAUCUCCUCCUGCGCUCACACACUGCACAACAAUCACAUCGAGGCUGGGAACCGUCACAUAAUUGUAAAUUUGUUGAAGAGUUGCCAUAGAGAUUUCCCCGCAGAAAUCAAUACCGCAGCAAGCUUACUCCCUGAAGAUGUGAGGGCAACAUUGCAGCAAGCUUGUGUUUCGUAAUGUUGAUACUGAACAUUUAAAUUAGGGUUUUUAUUUAUUAUCAAAGAGUUUGGCUUUAAUACGCUUAAAAAAAGUAAAUACAAAAACAUUGUUAUAACAUUUUUGUAAAUAAACGUUGCUUUGAAAGAC